AUGGUCCAAACCGCCCCAUAUACGUCUGCCAAUUAUCCUCGCAAGACUUGUUCGCAUUAUUCCGACGAUGGAGUUCUCAGAGAUGCGCUGGAUAAACUCAUCAGGAAUCAUUGGCGGAAGCUUGGGGCGCGACUCGUCUCAUCUCCCUCAACGAAGCUCCUAGAGUAUCAUGUUCCGUCCUCGUUUGAUGAGAACUACGUGCUCUUCAACUGGUCUUCAACAGCCAAUGCUGAAUCUAUUCGCAAAGUCGAGGAGCUAUCUUCUUUCCUCUCGCCUAGCCAGAAUAUCUCUUUCUUGCCAUCCAUGGAUGUCAUCGACAAGCUCUUUCGACCAGCAGACUGGCCCUUUGAGCGAAAGAACGAGCCGCCCGAUGCACCCCUCCUAUACGUUCAUUUAACCAUCUUUAGUGAUGCCUCAGUCGUGGCCAUGAGCUGUCCGCAUGUAUUGGCCGAUCAAUUUGGAGUGGCCAGUAUCGUGAAAGCCUGGCUUAAAGUCGCUCGGAGAGAAGCGCCGCCUGACAUGCUGGGCUAUCGCGAUGAUGUGCUCCCACCGGGACACCCAAUUUUUGAUUACAUCGAUAAAGAGUCCAGAAAGGGUAUGAUGCGUGCCAGAGGGAAAAGAGACCAGACUGCAGUAAUGGCUGGUAUUGUCCUUGACCUCGUGAAAGCUAGGGAGGAAGAAUCUCACAUCGCUUUUGUUCCCGCCCAACUGGUAGAGAGAUUACGAAAGAGAACGUCCAAGGUUUUGGCAGAGAAGAAUGAAUCGGUGCCAGAUAUUAGUAAUGGGGAUAUCCUUACUGCCAUCUUUACCAAGAUGACUCGACAUGAUCGAUCGGAGUAUUCUCUGAACCUCUCCCAAACCGUCAACCUACGGGGCCGUGUUCCAGGACUGUGGGACGAUGAUGGCGACCGAUUCAUCCACAACGCCCUGCAUUACGCCACGUCAAAUCUCAAGAUUAGUGCAUCUACCCCGUUGCACGAGAUAGCUCUUAGUAAUCGUCAAGCUAUCAAUAAGGCUCUGGAGCGGUCUGAGAUCGAAGUCGGGUUGGCGGCGUUGCGAGAUGUGUCCAAGCGGAGACAGGUCAUGCUUAUUUGCGAGCCAUUCGAAAAGCUGUACAGCGUCUCAAACUGGUGCGGCGCAUGGAAAGGCAUCGAAUUUUCCGCAGCGGAGAAAGAGCCGCAAGUGAAAAGGGAGCAUGCCUGGGAUAUGCUUGUACUUGGUCAAAAACCCCGAAUCUCAUCCCUCCGACGAAAGAGGACAUUCGUGAUCCGGAAUGGUGAGCAUCACUCAAGUACUAUCUGA